CUUGACACUAGUUGUGAUGUUAGCUUGUUUUCUUGGACGUUCCUAGCUCUGAUCCCACCGCCCUGCUAAUUGCCUCACGCCCCCCUCAGGAAACCAUGGCCUCGGAGGCCUCGGGAUCCCCUCAGUCGUCCCAACAUGACGUUUUUUUCCUCCUUCAUUAUCAUUCAGCGGUGCUACAGCAGCGAGUGGCAGCUCUGGAGCAGGAGAGGGCCGAGUUCAUCAAACUCAAGCAGCAGCUGGAGGUGGAGUUCAACCAGAAGCGGGCCAAGUUCAAAGAGCUUUACCUCUCCAAGGAAGAGGAGCUGAAGAGACAGACAUCUGCACUGGAGGACGCCCAUUCCGAGCUGAGCUCCGUCCAGACCCAGCUCUCUCAGGCCCGGGCUGAGAUAGAGACCAUCAAAGCUGUGGCCACCGUGUCGGAAAACACCAAACAGGAAGCCAUCGACCAGGUCCGCAGCCAAUGGCAGGAGGAGGUGGCCUCCCUGCAGGCCAUAAUGAAAGACACGGUGUGUGAGUAUGAGGUCCAGUUCCACCAACGCCUGGAGCAGGAGCGUGCCCAGUGGAACCAGUAUCGCGAGGCGGUGGAGAGGGAGCUGGGCGAGCUGAGGCGCCGGCUCUCCGAGGGUCAGGAGGAGGAGAACCUGGAGGAUGAAAUGAAGAAAGCCCAGGAGGAUGCAGAGAAGCUGCGUUCAGUAGUGAUGCCCAUGGAGCACGAGAUCGCAGCCCUGAAGGCCAAACUGGCCACAGCCGAGGAGAAGGUGAAGGAGUUGGAGGCCUCGAAGGUCAAGGAGCUCAAUCACGUUCUGGAGGCUGAGAAGUCGUGUCGUACGGAUCUGGAGAUGUAUGUCGCUGUGCUGAACACGCAGAAGUCCGUCUUGCAGGAGGAUGCGGAGAAACUACGGAAGGAGCUUCAUGACGUCUGUCACAAGCUGGAGUUGGAGCGGCAGCAGCACAACCAGCUGAAGCACACAUGGCAGCGAGCCAACGACCAAUUCCUGGAGUCUCACCGCCUCCUUAUGAGGGACAUGCAGAGGAUCGAGAGCGUGCUGUCAUCAGAACAGCUCCGCCAGGUGGAGGAGAUGAAGAAGAAAGACCAGGAGGAUGACGAAAAGGAGCGCCUGAGUCAAGUGAAGGACCUGCAGGAGGACGACGGAGGAGACAACACCGAGCCUUUGGAGGACUUAUUCCUCGGCCUCAGCGUCGAGGAGCCCCAUGUGAACCACAGCGCCCACGGCUCUAUGCACUCCUUAGACACUGAUGUGGUGACGGGCAGCCCCAUGGACCCUUACAAGGACAACCUGCGGCGAGUUCAGUCCACAGACAGCCUCGGUUCCUCGCUGUCCGCCCAGCAGGGUCUCGGCGGCCAGAACCACAAGGCCAAAUCAGCAGGCCACUUAGACGAGUCGGACUUUGGGCCCUUGGUUGGGGCCGACAGCGGGGUGACAGACAGUAGUUUUGGAGAGACUGCGUCAAUCAGCUCAAUCAAGCUGCCGACAAGUCACUUCCUGCUGACUAAAGACCAGGAGAAGGCGAUCAAAGCCAUGACCCCGGAGCAGGAGGAGACGGCGUCGCUGCUGUCCAGCAUCUCUCACGCCCCAGACACCGCUUACUUACCGCCUGCCGGCUACCGGCUCGUCAGUGACAGCGAGUGGAACCUGCUACAGCAAGAGUUGAAAAAUGCUGGCAGGAAGCUCGGACGAAGGUGCGACAUGUGCUCAAACUAUGAGAAGCAGCUUCAGGCCAUCCAAGGACAGGAGGCUGAGACGAGAGAUCAGGUGAAGAAGCUGCAGGUGAUGCUACGUCAGGCCAACGAUCAGCUGGAGAGGACGAUGACUGAGAAGCAGAAUUUGGAAGAUUCAGUCAAAGCAGGAAACGAGGAAACUGCUGCUAAGGUAUCUGGCCUCAUGCAGAGAGUCCAGGAAUCAGAAACACUGCUCAGCACACUACAGCAAGCCUUCAGUGACGCUAAGAGGAACACACAGGAACAGAUGGCGGUGCUGCUGAAGUCCAGGGAGCAGGUGGCAGAUGAGCUAAGUCGACUACAGAGAGACAACGAGAGUCUGCAGGGGAAGCACAGGCUGCAUUUAGAACUGCAGCAGCAAGAAGACUUCCAAAUGCCCACUACUGUUCAAGAGCUCCAGGGCCUGGUGCUGCGGUUGCGUGAGGACAUGGUGGCGUUACGGACGUCGGCCGAUCACAUGGAGGAGAAGCUGAAGGCUGAGAUCUUAUUUCUGAAGGAGCAGAUCCAGGCGGAGCAGUGCCUGAAGGAGAACCUGGAGGACACUCUGCAGCUGGAGAUCGAGGGAUGUAAGGAGGAAAUAGACAUCCUGGAAGCGUCUUUCUCCAGUUUGAAGACGGAGCUGGAGCGAAUAAAAGCGGAGAAGGAACAGCUGGAGAGCAGUUUGGCCGAGAAGACUGAGACACUGAGGAGCCUCCAGGGCCUGAGGAUCAGCCUGGAGCAGCAGCUCAAAGAGCUCACCACUGCAAAGAGUGCACUUGAAAGUCAAGUCCUCGACGAGAAAGACAAAGCCCAGCGGCUGCAGACCGAGCUGGACGUCAGCGAGCAGGUUCAGAAGGACUUUGUGAAACUUUCUCAGACCCUUCAGGUACAGCUGGAGCGGAUACGACAGGCGGACUCCUUGGAUCGAAUCAAAGUAAUCCUCAAUGACACCAACUUGACUGACAUCAAUCAGCUUCCAGAGACAUGAUACCACUGAAGGACAACUGCCUUCACUUUCAUUUCCCCUUCUUUCUAUUUUACCGACCCAGUAACAUAUUACCCGGCCCUUCCUUUUCUUCUUCCUCCUCCUCCUCCUCCUCCCCCCCCCCAUAACCUCCUCGGAAGAGUUUGGAGGGACAUGGACAGACGUGGCAUGAGGAGCUCAUGGCCUUUUGUGUACAUUAGAAGUCUCUGAACACACCACAGAUAGAAUAAUGAAGAAGAACACUACUAAAAAAAUAAAAUGUAAAUAACUAAAUGUGGACGGAGGGAGCGGGUGGAGGUGCUUCUCCCUGUGGGUUCUGUCUGUCUUGUUUCUACUGUAGAUACGACUGUCUGUAUUAGCUCGACCAAAAAAAGGUUUGUCGUCCUCUGAAGCACUUUUCAUCUGCGACUUCUCUUUCCAGGUAAAUAGAAAAUAAUUGGAUGCAUAAAUUUUCCUCCGUCUGUUCUCAAAGCGGUUGAUAAUCGCUUCCUUUCUCCUCUUGCUUGUUCUUUCCAUGUUUUGUUUUGGGUUUUUUUUUCCUUUUUCCUCCAGUUUUCUUGCUCUUUUUUUUUCUCUCUGUGACAUUUCCACCCUCUUCUGGUCAUUUUUAACUCUGUGACAGCAGCACGAUGAAGGAUGGAAAAUAAUUGCACAUAAUUUAACCGGGAUAAGAAAAUAAGGAACGUAACAAAAUGCGAGCAAUACCCUUCAUGUCUUCAGCACCCUCUGCUGUGUUUUUGCUCUGUUUGUUGCUCUUUAGUGUCUGACAGAAACCUUUUUUUUUUUUUUUUUUUUUAAAGCUGCAGAAAUACAGUGAAGAAACAUUAGUCACGUUCAAACUUGUGUUUUGUUUCUCAACAUGUUUUAAAAAAAAAAUUAAAAGAAGAAACACUAGUUAAUCCAGGUCAUGUCAGGUAAACGGAUGUUUAGGUGAGGAGGGAAAUUACAGAAUUAAAACGGCAAAGUAAUGGCUUUUAACACACACUUUGUUCCUGGUAUUCUUUUCUUUUUUUUGACUUUCCUUAAUGUAUAUCUGAAGAUCUUAAUUUAUCGCUGGCUUUUUGAAGGUGUGAUGGAUGGAUGGCCCGCAGACAUGUUGUCCCCACGACGAGUGUUUUUUCUAAAGUGUAAAGAAACGGUUCAUUCAUCACUACGAGGAUUCUGUUGUCUCUGAAGCUACUAAUUAAAUUAAAUCACCUUUAAGUGUCGGGGUCUUUCU